AUGUGGUGGGAGAGAAGGGCGGGGGCGGAAGGACAGCAGAGGCGCGAGGCGACAGCCUCAGAGGCGGCCAGCAAAUGCGUGCGGUUGGAUGGAUGGGCGGCCACGGCACGGCACGGCACCGCACCUGUGCCCAAGGAGGAGACGCUGGCGGCGGGCCACCCUCGGAUGCGGCCGGCCGGGGCUGUGUGCGCCGCUGCAACAACAACGAGAAGACGAGAUGCGGGCAGACGCGUACAGAGAGACGAGCCCGGUCUGCAGCAGGAUGUGUGGCGCGCCGAGUGCAGAGCAGCGCGCGCCGGCUGGGCUGGGUUCGGCUGGGCCCGCCCGGCGGCGGGCCGCGCCGUUGUCGCGGACGUGAGCGCCCCCUGGCGGGUGGUCGGAGGCGGCGCGGUGGACGUGUGGCUGGUUGGCAGUGCACAUUGCGAGUGGCUGGCUGGCUGGCUGGCUGGCGGGCGGGCGGUCGGCGGCGGCGGCGAGAAGAGAGAGGAGACAUCACAUGUGCUGCUGCGCACCGGUGGCGUGGCGUGGCGUGGCGUGGGGGCGAGGAGAGCGAGCCGCGCCAGUACCGCGCGGUGUGCUUGUGCGCCGGAGAAUGGCACACUGCGCCUGCCCGUUGAGGAGGCUGAUGGCCGUGGUGUGGUGGAAAUGGAGCGCGUCGGACGUGUACCAAUGAGAAAGAGAAACAAAGCAAGCAACCACGAACGAAAGGUGGAGGGCGGCAUUGUGUCACAUGUGGCGUGCGGAGCCCAACGGCUGUGUCGUCGGCCGAAUGGGUGCGGGAAUAGAGGCCGCGUCGGCACGGAGAAGGAAGGACGCACGCGCGCUGCGGCGUUGGCGCGGUUUGCGGCUGGCGCCUUUGGUGGCAACGGCCAGGACAAGCAGCGGUGUAUGGUGUUGUGCGGGGCGGACAGGGGCGGCGGUGGUGGACGGGGAGGAGGCGGUGGCGUGUGUGCAGAGGCGGCCAGCAAAUGCGUGCGGUUGGAUGGAUGGGCGGCCACGGCACGGCACGGCACCGCACCUGUGCCCAAGGAGGAGACGCUGGCGGCGGGCCACCCUCGGAUGCGGCCGGCCGGGGCUGUGUGCGCCGCUGCAACAACAACGAGAAGACGAGAUGCGGGCAGACGCGUACAGAGAGACGAGCCCGGUCUGCAGCAGGAUGUGUGGCGCGCCGAGUGCAGAGCAGCGCGCGCCGGCUGGGCUGGGUUCGGCUGGGCCCGCCCGGCGGCGGGCCGCGCCGUUGUCGCGGACGUGAGCGCCCCCUGGCGGGUGGUCGGAGGCGGCGCGGUGGACGUGUGGCUGGUUGGCAGUGCACAUUGCGAGUGGCUGGCUGGCUGGCUGGCUGGCGGGCGGGCGGUCGGCGGCGGCGGCGAGAAGAGAGAGGAGACAUCACAUGUGCUGCUGCGCACCGGUGGCGUGGCGUGGCGUGGCGUGGGGGCGAGGAGAGCGAGCCGCGCCAGUACCGCGCGGUGUGCUUGUGCGCCGGAGAAUGGCACACUGCGCCUGCCCGUUGAGGAGGCUGAUGGCCGUGGUGUGGUGGAAAUGGAGCGCGUCGGACGUGUACCAAUGAGAAAGAGAAACAAAGCAAGCAACCACGAACGAAAGGUGGAGGGCGGCAUUGUGUCACAUGUGGCGUGCGGAGCCCAACGGCUGUGUCGUCGGCCGAAUGGGUGCGGGAAUAGAGGCCGCGUCGGCACGGAGAAGGAAGGACGCACGCGCGCUGCGGCGUUGGCGCGGUUUGCGGCUGGCGCCUUUGGUGGCAACGGCCAGGACAAGCAGCGGUGUAUGGUGUUGUGCGGGGCGGACAGGGGCGGCGGUGGUGGACGGGGAGGAGGCGGUGGCGUGUGUGCAGAGGCGGCCAGCAAAUGCGUGCGGUUGGAUGGAUGGGCGGCCACGGCACGGCACGGCACCGCACCUGUGCCCAAGGAGGAGACGCUGGCGGCGGGCCACCCUCGGAUGCGGCCGGCCGGGGCUGUGUGCGCCGCUGCAACAACAACGAGAAGACGAGAUGCGGGCAGACGCGUACAGAGAGACGAGCCCGGUCUGCAGCAGGAUGUGUGGCGCGCCGAGUGCAGAGCAGCGCGCGCCGGCUGGGCUGGGUUCGGCUGGGCCCGCCCGGCGGCGGGCCGCGCCGUUGUCGCGGACGUGAGCGCCCCCUGGCGGGUGGUCGGAGGCGGCGCGGUGGACGUGUGGCUGGUUGGCAGUGCACAUUGCGAGUGGCUGGCUGGCUGGCUGGCUGGCGGGCGGGCGGUCGGCGGCGGCGGCGAGAAGAGAGAGGAGGCAAUCCACGCCUACCAACUGCGACCUCAACCUUCCAGGGAGCCACAACAACCACCACAGCCGUCGUUUGCGGCAACACCGAAGGACUUCCCAUCUCUCCGAACACCCUGGUCGGCCGCAUCGUCCUUAUUUCAAACACCGUCUCAGCAACAACCACCUAGCCAGAAAAACACGGCGCGUCAACGAAUGCAAGACCUCCGCCAGCAACAACAGCAACAACGAUCCACGGACAACGCCCUCGGUCUGUCCGACAUUAUCGCCGCGCUAUCUAACAUGGGCUCAAUCAUCAACUUACUAAAAACGAAAAAUGUCUUUGCCAUCAUAGCGGAUACUGCUCGCAAAUUCAAUGACGCACCAGACUUGCUAUCCAAACUACUCACUCUACUGGAAGGAAUCAUGGCCUUUUUCACUGACUAA